UCAGGAACAUCAAUGGCUACUCCCGUGUCAGGAAUUGUUGCUCUGUUGAAAUAAUUGUACCAGGAUUGGUCACCUGCUGCUAUUAAAUCAGCUAUUAUCACCCCUGCAUUGACUGCACAACAAUCAGGAGGACCACUUUUCGCCGAGGGGGAACAACCGAAACUCGCCGAUCCCUUCGAUUUUGGAGGUGGAAUUGUAAACCAGAACAACGCAGCAGAUCCUGGCCUUGUUUACGACAUGAAUACAGAUGAUUAUGUGCUAUAUCUUUGUGCCAUGGGUUAUAGUAACACUGAUAUAGUCCAGCUCGAUGAACACACAAUAAGUUUUCCUUCAAAACAACCCUCUAUUUUGGACUUAAACCUUCCAUCCAUAACCAUCCCAAGCCUUAAAAAACCAACCGUUCUUACCAGAACAGUCACAAAUGUCGGACCUGUCAACUCCAAGUACAAGGCCAACAUUGAGUCCAUAUCAGGCAUAAACAUAGCAGUGAAACCAGACAAAUUGAUCUCCAACUCCAAGACAAAGACAAUCUCCUUCUCCGUGAUGAUUACAUCAACCCACAACUUCAAUGCCGGGUACUACUUUGGAAGCCUGACAUGGUCCGAUGGUGUUCACGCCGUAAGAAGUCUGAUAUCCGUGAGAACUGAGGUUGCAGAAUGUUGUGGAAGAUGA